GUUAGCUUUAACCAUGACGUAAUCGAAAAGGAACCAGCACAGGCAGGGCAGGAAACCACAAUUCCCAGAAUGCACUUGACGUUAACUGUGGAAAGGGGGAAGGGAAACUGAGAUUGGAGGGAGAGAAACUGAGAUAUCCAUGACAACCAGUUUGACAUACCAUGUCAUGAGUGCCCCCUAUUGGUUGGAUCUUGUCAAGGAGAAGACACACUUCACCCAGACUCACCCCACCUUGGUUUGAGCAUUGUUAUAUUGUGGAUGUGAGGUGCCAACACUGAGUGUCAAAGCAAUGAAGCAGCUGGGAAAGAGAGAGGCCACCCUAGAUCAGCAGUGUCCAUACCCAGCUCUACAGCCCCUCUAAUGGGGCAGGAUGCAAAGCAAAAUGUAUUCAAUGAGAUCUACCUGUUGACUACUCUGGACCGAGAGAGCGAGAGGAAGGAAGGGGACGUUUGACAAGUAGUAUUUGUGGAAAGAGACACAGCAGACAUGGGGGUCUUCCCAAUACCUCUUCUGACUGCCUCAUUCUGGGGGGAAAGGCUUUAAAGGGUAGAACAGGGAUUACACAGUCACACACAGACACACACACUCAUGCCAUGGAAGGGGACAGUGGUGUCACAGCACACACAGAGGGUCUGAAUGGUGUGUUCCAUCAUGAAUGUAAAGAGACAGAGGAGCUAACCAAUGGCCACUCCAACCACAAACCUGUGAUGAAUGGACUGAUGCCAGGUCAUAGUGUGAAAGAGCACGGCAACGGUAGUUCAGUGCUCAAAUCUCUGCCAAUUUCAGCUCUGAAGCAGAAUGGCAUUCUGCAGUCCCUGGCAGCAGGAGGAAAGCAACCCAAGACCGAAAGGGAGAGUGCGGAUGUGGAGCAGGCUAGAGAGGAGUGGGAGGCUCUAGAGAGUAUCCAACCAGUGGUCAGUGAGGAGUCCAGUCCCACCCCUCUCAUCUCCUUUAACGAGGCGCUGCAGCACUUCCAGACUACAGACCUUGGAGAGCUGCUGAAGAAGAUCCAGCCCACCAUUCGCAGGACGGGUCUUGCCACUUUCACACACUUCCUGUUCGGCCCGCCGCGACUUCAGCGGGAACUACUGGAGGAGAGGGACCUGGUCUUUGCCAUCGCACAGUGUUCUCUGGAUAACAGUCAGGCUGUACAUCUGCGUGUUCUACAGACCAUCUAUAAGAGGCUGACAGGCAGUAAGCUGGAUUCUCCUCGGUUCGGGACACACUGGGAGAAUGUGGGCUUUCAGGGUACGGACCCAGCCACAGACCUGCGUGGUACAGGUUUCCUGGGGCUGAUGCAUGCCUUGUACCUGGUAAUGGACCCUGAGACGCUGCCUUUAGCCAGAGACAUCUUCAAGCUGUCCCAGCACCCCACACAGAACUUUCCCUUCUGUGUGAUGUCCAUCAAUAUGACCUGUAUCGCCCUGCAUGCACUCAGAGAAGAGGCCCUCUCCAAGGAGUGUAACCGUCGACAGCAGGUAGUGGGGGUGUUGAAUGAGUUCUACGUUGCCACGUUCCUGCACCUCUACCAGCUGUGGAAGAGCCAGCAGAAGACCAUCUCUGACUCUGGCUUCGUCCUGAAAGAAGUGGAGCUGUUUGCCAAAAAGAACCCCAAGCAGAUGCUGCGUCGACUGGACGUCUUCUUGAGGGAGAGGAGGUACCCGGACCCCACGGCCCAGCGACCCUCACCCUGCCUGGGGGGGAGAGGGGCCAGGUCUGAGGGAACCAGGGGCAAGGAGAUGCACUUCACUGGAGUGUGUGAGCUACCACUAAACAUGGAGGGAGAGGCCAGGCUCAUCUGACACACAGAGAGUCUGUGUGUACGGCUCGACUAGUCUGAGCUAGAAAGAGGGUGUGUUUGUGUCAGUUGUGUGUGUAGGGACCCCACCAAGCUUUGACCCACUCCCUGCGGUCCUUUCCCAUUGAUGCUGUAAAACUGCUGUCAGAACAGUUUGUAUUGAGUCACUGACUCCUCUCCCAACAGAAGUACUUGUCGGUGUGGCAUGGGACUGAUGGAUGAAUAGAAGAUGUCAUUAAAUAGAGAGAGAGAGAAUGAAAGGUGAGAUUUUCAAGGACUGGUGUGGGUGCAGGCUUUUCUUCAGACAAGAAGUAGCACACCUGAUUCUACUAAUCAUCCAAUCAUAGUUGGUUUAUUGAGGCCAAAUCAGAAGCUUCCAAACCCCAGGGCUUCUAUCUGUCUGCAGCCCUAGUAGAGUUUUGGAAGGGUGUAGGGUCAUUGACUGUCUUCUACUGUCAGCAGAACUGUGUGUGCGUGCACUAGGUAUGGAGAUUACGGUGUGUGUUGGCUAUAGUUGGAACAGUGAGGCCUGUGUUUCUGUAUGUUGUCAGGUCGAUAUGUGUGUGUCUGGGUUCAGAUGGUUCUUGUCCCAGUGCAGGUUAAAUAGGUGUGUGUGUCUGGGCUCGGAUGGUUCCUGUCUGUCGCAGUGCAGGUUAAAUAGGCUGAUGUGCGUGUGUCUGGGCUCGGAUGGUUCCUGUCUGUCCCAGUGCAGGUUAAAUAGGCUGAUGUGUGUGUGUCUGGGCUCGGAUGGUUCCUGUCUGUCCCAGUGCAGGUUAAAUAGUCUGAUGUGUGUGUGUCUGGGCUCGGAUGGUUCCUGUCUGUCCCAGUGCAGGUUAAAUAGUCUGAUGUGUGUGUGUCUGGGCUCGGAUGGUUCCUGUCUGUCCCAGUGCAGGUUAAAUAGGCUGAUGUGUGUGUGUGUCUGGGCUCGGAUGGUUCCUGUCUGUCCCAGUGCAGGUUAAAUAGGCCCAGAGCCCCUAGUUGUUUGGGGGAUAUAUUUUUUAAUAAUUGAAAAACUAUUUUAGUCCUUUCCUAAGGGAUAGAUGCCAUAACAAUACAUAAAAUGAUACUGUAUAUGAAAAUGAUAUAUUAUAUUAUGGAUAUAGCACUUGAUGAUAGUGGCAGAAUGAGAGGGACUUCUGCUAAGAAACUCAGGAAGACUGUUCAAAUGAUUCCCUGUUCCCUGUAUAGAGUUCUACUGUUGACCAUCUUCCCUGUAGUGAAUAGGGUUUUACUUAGUGAAUAGGGUUUAACGUAGUGAAUAGGGGUUCACGUAGUGAAUAGGGUUUCACGUAGUGAAUAGGGGUUCACGUAGUGAAUAGGGUUUUACGUAGUGAAUAGGGGUUCACGUAGUGAAUAGGGGUUCACGUAGUGAAUAGGGGUUCACGUAGUGAAUAGGGGUUCACGUAGUGAAUAGGGUUUUACGUAGUGAAUAGGGUUUUACGUAGUGAAUAGGGUUUUACGUAGUGAAUAGGGUUUCACGUAGUGAAUAGGGUUUCACGUAGUGAAUAGGGUUUUACGUAGUGAAUAGGGUUUCACGUAGUGAAUAGGGUUUCACGUAGUGAAUAGGGUUUUACGUAGUGAAUAGGGUUUUACGUAGUGAAUAGGGUUUCACGUAGUGAAUAGGGUUUUACGUAGUAAAUACGGUUUUACGUAGUGAAUAGGGUUUCACGUAGUGAAUAGGGUUUCACGUAGUGAAUAGGGUUUUACGUAGUGAAUAGGGUUUCACGUAGUGAAUAGGGUUUUACGUAGUGAAUAGGGUUUUACGUAGUGAAUAGGGUUUUACGUAGUGAAUAGGGUUUCACGUAGUGAAUAGGGUUUCACGUAGUGAAUAGGGUUUUACGUAGUGAAUAGGGUUUUACGUAGUGAAUAGGGUUUUACGUAGUGAAUAGGGUUUCACGUAGUGAAUAGGGUUUUACGUAGUGAAUAGGGUUUCACGUAGUGAAUAGGGUUUUACGUAGUGAAUAGGGUUUCACGUAGUGAAUAGGGUUUUACGUAGUGAAUAGGGUUUUACGUAGUGAAUAGGGUUUCGCGUAGUGAAUAGGGUUUCGCGUAGUGAAUAGGGUUUCGCGUAGUGAAUAGGGUUUCGCGUAGUGAAUAGGGUUUCAUUUGAGAUGAGCAUUUAAACUGGUCAGUCAAGCCAACAGCUAUUGGCUGGUUUAGUCUGACCAGUGAUAGAAGUCGUCUGGGAGGUUUUCUACAUGCAUUCCGUUACAGAGCAUCCAACUGGAGUUGAUUGACCAGUGCCAGAAUAAUGUCAGUCGUGUGUGUUAUCUGACUCGAUCGAUAGUGCACACAAAUUACACACGUGCCUAACUAAAGGUUAGUGUCCAGAGAUGAUCUUUUUCUAAAUGAUGAAUUGAUAGUGAUGAUAACAGUGAAAGGUGUGUCUCUAUGAAGGUGCAAAGUAAGCAAUCCCAACUCUGUCAGAGAUCACAAUAAUACUGGUGUUUGUGUGUGUGUGAUGGUACAGUACGACAGGGGAGCAUACCUCUGCAGUCACAAUCAGUAGCAUGUUCAGGUAGCACCGGUACUGUAGCUUCCUUGUUGUUAUACCUUCCUUGUAAAGCUUGUUUCUCUUGGUCAUGUGGUCUGAUUUACAGUCUUUAGCGUCGGUGCUGUUAGUACAGUACAUUCACAACAUCCCCUCUACAACAGACAUGUAGUUAGUAGAGCUACUCAGUGGAUCCAUGUUUUGUGAGGUACUUGUAGAUCUUCAGUAGCCGGUUUUUAAAUAUGAUAUUUGUCUUCUGGGAUGAAAGCAGAACAAGCAGGAGGAUCCUCUCUCUAAGAGCAGAUCAUCAGGUUGAAUGUAUCACUGGGUCAGGGGUUAAAGUGUACACAUCUAGAAACAUGAUAUAAACAUCUAUAGGUGUGGACAUGAUCAGCUACAAUAUGUAGUUUAUCUUGUCUUAUUGGGUUAUUUACAAGCACAUCACUAUCCACAUAUACCCCCCAUUUUCAAAAAAGGAAUACGUGCUGUUUUUUUUGCCAAGUGUAAGUAUUUUUGUUAGUCAGCUAAAUGUGCACUCUUCUAGAAUGCUGGAGGUGUGUACAGUGUGAGUGUUGCUAGGUGACUAUUAGGCUUUGUCUGUGUUGUAUUUUUAACCGACCUCGAAAGAACAGGGCCUCUAUCUCUGCAGCUAUAAUCUCAUCAUAGCCCUUGUUAAUCUGAAACAUUUACUAAAGUAAUGUAAUUUAACUGAACCUGUAUUUCAGAUUUGAAGAUACACCAAGUUAUUUUAUUUUAGCAGAAGUGCUUGUUCCAGUUUAGUGUGUGAAUCGUGAAGUACAAAAGGUGAUUGUUACUGUGUGAUUGUUAGUAGGGUAUUCUAUUGAAAUCAGUCAGAUUUAUUUAGAAAUAAAGCAAUUUUUACAUCAGCAGAUGUCACAAAGUGCUAUACAGAAACCCAGCCUAAAACCCCAAACAGCAAGUAAUGUAGAUGUAGAAGCACAAUGGCUAGGAAAAACUCCCUAGAAAGGCAGGAACCUAGGAAGAAACCUAAAGUGGAACCAGGCUCUGAGGGGUGGCCAGUCAUCUCCUGGCUGUGCUGGGUAGAGAGGAACCAGGCUCUGAGGGGUGGCCUGUCCUCUCCUGGCUGUGCUGGGUAGAGAGGAACCAGGCUCUGAGGGGUGGCCAGUCCUCUUCUGGCUGUGCUGGGUAGAGAGGAACCAGGCUCUGAGGGGUGGUCAGUCCUCUCCUGGCUGUGCUGGGUAGAGAGGAACCAGGCUCUGAGGGGUGGCCAGUCCUCUCCUGGCUGUGCUGGGUAGAGAGGAACCAGGCUCUGAGGGGUGGCCUGUCCUCUCCUGGCUGUGCUGGGUAGAGAGGAACCAGGCUCUGAGGGGUGGCCUGUCCUCUCCUGGCUGUGCUGGGUAGAGAGGAACCAGGCUCUGAGGGGUGGCCAGUCCUCUCCUGGCUGUGCUGGGUAGAGAGGAACCAGGCUCUGAGGGGUGGCCAGUCCUCUUCUGGCUGUGCUGGGUAGAGAGGAACCAGGCUCUGAGGGGUGGCCAGUCCUCUUCUGGCUGUGCUGGGUAGAGUGGAUAAGAAAAACAUUGCUUACCUCAAGAUUUGAGACAAUUCUUCUCUUUCUCUUCUUUUGGAUGUCUGUUGACAAGGACAAUGGCUUCUCACUUCAUAUAACUGCAGGCCUUUAUCUUUUCUCUUUCCGUUGUUAGACACAUACUCCCUGUGUAUUCCACACCUGAAACACUGGUGAACUAAUGCUGAAGCUGGUAGGCUAUGUAUUCUAUUUCAAAUGACACAUGCUUGAUCCACAUGGCUUUAUAUCAGCCUGACUGCAGAUCCACUCCAUGUUGACUAUGUUAAUGAUAAGCAAAUGUUCUUGUGGCUGCGACAGUAUCCACUUUCGCUGUUGUAUUGGUGAUUGUUCCCACCUUUGACCAUGUCAGGAUCAUACAGGAACAUUGUGCUGCUCCUCCAAAUUGGAUUUGCAUUCCCAAAUCAAGGUUUUGGCUUGAAUUCCUUGCAUAAGUUUCCACCCGUUAGGUCCUAUUUUAUUUUCACCGGUUAGAUCUCAGUUCAGAACCAAUAGAAAACGGGCCUUUAGGCAGCAUGCAUGGUACUGAAUAUAACAAAUCACUUCCUUAAUCUCUUGCGCUUUAUAUGAAGGUGUUCUGCUGUUGCUGUUGUCGUCAUUUGUCCCCGAAAGCAUUCUAUGACUGUACCUUGAUUGUAGAAGCCCUAUUUUAUAAUGAGUUGUUUCAGAAAAAUGUGCUGAUGUACAGUACUGUAUUGUAUGGAGAAACUUAAAUAAAUGCCAUUUAAAACACA